UGGCGAACCUGUGACAAUGACUCGGCGAGCUUAAAUUUUGACAGCACAACAGUGGUGUUUCAAUUUCUCGUCGUAAUUUAUUAAAAAAUCAGUGAAAUUAUGUCGACUCUCGAUGAACGUUUAUUUGAAGAUGGUGAAGAGUCCCUUGGUGAAGAAGUUCUUCGCAUGUCCACUGAUGAAAUCGUCAGUCGGACGCGCCUACUCGACAAUGAAAUCAAAAUCAUGAAGAGCGAGGUGAUGCGAAUAAAUCACGAAUUGCAAGCUCAAAACGAGAAAAUUAAAGAAAACACCGAGAAAAUCAAGGUGAAUAAAACACUUCCGUAUUUGGUAAGCAACGUUAUUGAACUUCUCGACGUCGAUCCGCAAGAAGAAGAGGAAGAUGGGGCUGUCGUUGAUUUAGACUCUCAACGCAAGGGCAAAUGUGCAGUCGUUAAAACCUCCACUCGUCAAACGUAUUUCCUCCCGGUUAUUGGCCUCGUAGAUGAAGAGAAACUCAAACCGGGGGAUCUCGUGGGGGUUAACAAAGACUCUUAUCUCAUCCUGGAGACACUUCCAGCUGAAUACGAUGCCAGAGUUAAAGCUAUGGAAGUCGACGAGCGUCCUACGGAACAAUACUCUGAUAUUGGCGGUCUUGAUAAACAAAUUCAAGAGUUGAUUGAAGCGGUAGUGUUACCAAUGACCCACAAAGACAAGUUCUUCAAUUUGGGAAUUCACCCACCUAAAGGUGUCCUUCUUUACGGCCCCCCAGGGACGGGGAAGACUCUCCUAGCUCGGGCCUGUGCUGCACAAACGAAAUCAACUUUUCUCAAACUUGCUGGCCCCCAAUUAGUACAAAUGUUCAUUGGCGAUGGGGCUAAAUUAGUCAGAGACGCUUUCGCUCUUGCGAAGGAAAAAGCCCCCGCUAUUAUUUUCAUCGAUGAAUUAGAUGCUAUAGGAACGAAACGGUUUGAUUCGGAAAAAGCUGGAGACAGGGAAGUUCAACGUACUAUGCUCGAGUUACUCAAUCAAUUAGAUGGAUUCAGUUCAACGGCGGAUAUUAAAGUCAUUGCGGCGACCAAUCGGGUUGAUAUUUUGGAUCCAGCACUUUUGAGAUCUGGACGAUUGGAUAGAAAAAUCGAAUUUCCGCAUCCAAAUGAAGAAGCAAGAGCGAGAAUUAUGCAGAUUCAUUCAAGGAAAAUGACCGUUAAUCCUGAUGUUAAUUUUGAGGAGUUGGCGAGGUCUACGGAUGAUUUUAAUGGGGCGCAAUGUAAAGCUGUGUGUGUAGAAGCAGGAAUGAUUGCAUUGAGGAGAAAUGCGACUGCAGUCACACAUGAGGAUUAUAUGGACGCGAUUAUGGAAGUGCAAGCGAAAAAGAAGGCCAAUCUUAAUUAUUAUGCUUAAGAAUUUUUGUCACACUUUGUGGAAUAAAUAUUUUAUAACCUU